CUAAUUAACCAAAAAUAAGUUGGUGAACUACUGAUGAAUGCUUGUUGACGAUCCGAGGCAGUCAAUGCGAUACCGAAGUGCUACUCUCUCUCUUCUCCGUUGUAGUCAUAGUCUAUACUCUCUUUGGCUGUGGCAUUCGCAAGAACACAGGCAUGGGGUUCAUGAACCUCAUUUGCCCUAAUUCUCCCUAUGUUUGGGAUGGAAAUGGAUUCUCAGAGUGUUUCAGCAACAUGGUGCUAGGUUUUGGAAUCAAUAUAAUGACUUUGGUUAUGAUCACUGUACUUGGAAUUACUAAAAGGACUGCCGGAGGAACUGGGAGGAUAUACUUUUUAGAGAAGGUUUUUCUGCGUGCUAUACCUGCUCUCGGAGCUUUUGUGGCAUUUUUUGACAUGGCUUUGGGUUUGAAGGAAGCACUUAAUGGUUACAAUAGUCCAUAUCAUGACUGGCUUUUUAGAGGUUCUCAAUGCUUGAUAUGGGUUACCAUUCUACUCAUCUCAAACUGUAACAACUGGCUUGCUACUUUAUGCAACCGGAUCUUGUGCUUUUGGUGGGUCAUGAAACCAUUAUUGGGAAUCCCUUUUCUGCAAACAGCUUUUUCUUCACAAGAGGCUUUAAGAUGUCUUAAAGAGAGUUGUGUUCUUUCAGUGGAUAUCCUGUUUGGCAUCUGCAUUAACAUUAUCAGAAUAAAGCGGACAUCUCCCACAAGCAGAAAAUAUAGUUCUGUGGAUGAGCCACUUCUCUCCUGUGGCAUGGACAUUGAAGAAGGUCGUUUUAAGGAUUCCGCAAUUGGUCAUGGCGUUUGGCAUCUCAUGACAUUCAAAUCUAUCAAUUCUGUAAUGGAACAAGGCGCGAUAAAGCAGCUUGACUUUGAAGAUUUGCUUCAGCUACCCAAUGAUAUGGAUCCUUCUUCCAGCCUUAAUACACUGCUAAGCUCUUGGCAAACUCAACAAAGAAAUAACUGCUCUCAUCCUUCCUUCUUUAGAGCAAUAUUUACUGCGUAUGGAUGGCCAUAUCUACGUCUAGGUGCGUUAAAGGUGCUUAAUGAUUGUAUGGGUUUUGUGGGACCACUGCUUCUCAAUCAGCUGCUUCAAUUUCUUCAACAAGGUUCUCAGCAUCUUGAUGGUUAUAUCCUUGCAAUUUCCUUGGGUCUUACAUCUGUAUUAAAGUCCUUCCUUGAUACACAAUAUACUUUUCAUCUUUCCAAACUAAAGCUGAAGAUGCGAUCUAGUGUUAUGACCGUUAUCUAUCGAAAGUGCCUAUGCGUUAGCCUGGCAGAAAGGUCAAAAUUUUCUGAAGGGGAAAUUCAGACGUUCAUGUCUAUAGAUGCUGAUCGAACUGUCAACUUGUUUAACAGUCUUUAUGAUAUGUGGAGCUUGCCUUUUCAAAUUGGAGUUGCAUUGUUUCUACUGUAUACACAGGUCAAGUAUGCUUUUCUUUCUGGAAUUGCGAUUACCAUCUUGUUAAUACCAGUGAAUAGAUGGAUUGCUAAAUUGAUUGCAAGUGCGACCAACAAAAUGAUGGAGCAAAAGGAUGAGAGGAUUAGAAGGACAGGAGAAAUUUUGACUUCUAUGCGCACUUUGAAAAUGUAUGCAUGGGAACUUCUUUUUACUAGUUGGUUGACGGAGACCCGAUCAUCGGAAGUGAAACACUUAUCGACUCGGAAGUAUUUGGAUGCAUGGUGUGUAUUCUUUUGGGCAACAACACCAACUCUUUUCUCUUUGUUCACAUUUGGUCUCUAUUCAUUGAUGGGGAACCAACUUGAUGCGGCAACGGUUUUCACUUGUCUUGCUCUGUUUAAUAGUUUGAUCUCCCCGCUAAAUUCAUUCCCUUGGGUCAUUAAUGGGUUGAUUGAUGCCAUUAUAUCUACCAAGCGGUUGAGCAGGUUCCUCUCCUGCUCUGAGAAUGAACCUGAUCUGGGACAGACAGGCAAGUCUCCACCAUCGUCUAGCUCGGAAGACCAGUCUGAUAUGGCUAUUGUCAUCCGUGAUGCAUGUUGUACAUGGUCAACCAAUGAUGAGCAGGAACGAGAUAUGAUAUUGCAUCAUGUGACUCUACACCUUCCCAAAGGUUCUUUGGUUGCAGUUAUUGGCGAGGUUGGCUCGGGUAAAUCAUCCUUGUUAAAUUUGAUUCUGGGAGAAAUGAGGCUCAUCAAUGGAUCAAUACAUUCAAGUGGAUCUAUAGCAUAUGUACCACAGGUCCCAUGGAUUCUUUCUGGAACACUUCGUGAUAAUAUUCUGUUUGGGAAGGAUUACGAUCCAAGAAGAUACUCGGAUGUGUUACAGGCAUGUGCACUUAAAUUCGAUAUUUCACAAAUGGUUGGAGGUGAUAUGACUUAUAUUGGCGAGAAAGGAGUCAACUUAUCAGGUGGACAGCGAGCUCGUCUUGCUCUGGCCAGGGCUAUUUAUUAUGGCUCCGAUAUAAUCAUGCUUGAUGAUGUCCUCAGUGCAGUUGAUGCACAAGUUGCUUGCUGGAUUUUAUAUGAAGCCAUUCUUGGUCCUCUUAUGAGCCAACAGACACGCAUUCUUUGUACUCAUAAUGUCCAGGCAAUAUCUUCUGCUGAUAUAAUUGUUGUAAUGGAUAAAGGACAUGUGAACUGGGUGGGAAGUUCAGCUGACUUGUCGAUUUCAUCUUUGGCAUUCUCUUCACUUAAAGAAUUCAACAUAUCUUCUCAAGUUCAGACAAUUGAAACAAGUGGAAAUACUUCCACUGAAACCAAAGAAAAUGUUAUUUCAGAGAGUGAUUGUAUACAUGUUUCUGAGGGAGAAGAACAGGUUAUUGAAGGUGAGCAAAGGAAAGAAGGCAGAGUUGAACUUAACGUAUACAAACAUUAUGCUGCAUUUGCUGGUUGGACUAUUACAAUUGUAACAUGCCUCUCAGCAAUAUUGAUGCAAGCUUCUCGAAAUGGCAAUGAUCUGUGGCUGUCAUAUUGGGUUGAUACAACUGGAAGUGAUAAAAAAGGCUAUCCCACAUCCUUUUAUCUGAUUGUACUCUGCAUCUUCUCUGCUGCCAAUUCAGUGCUAACAUUGACGAGGGCAUUCUCAUUUGCAUUUGGCGGUUUACGUGCAGCUAUUCAGGUGCACGAUAGACUGCUAAACAAACUUAUGGAUGCACCUAUUAACUUCUUUGAUCAGACACCAAGUGGAAGAAUUCUUAACAGGUUUUCUUCAGAUCUUUAUACCAUUGAUGACGAUGUCGCUCUUCCAUUUAUUCUCAACAGUCUCCUGGCCAAUUUUGUUGGCCUCUUGGGGAUUGCUAUUGUUUUGUCAUAUGUGCAGGUCAUGUUUUUGCUUUUAUUAUUGCCGUUUUGGUAUAUCUACAGUAAACUGCAGUUCUACUACAGGUCAACGUCGCGCGAGUUGCGGAGGCUAGACGGUGUUUCUCGUUCACCAAUUUAUGCUUCAUUUACAGAGACAUUGGAUGGAUCCUCAACUAUAAGGGCAUUCAAGUCUGAGGACUUUUUUAUGGCCAGGUUUACUGGGAACGUGACAUUGUAUCAGCGAACUUCUUACUCAGAGAUAAUAGCAAGUUUGUGGCUCUCCCUGCGCCUUCAGUUGUUAGCAGCAUUUGUUAUCUCAUUUGUUGCUGUGAUGGCUGUUGUUGGAUCUCAAGAUAAAUUUCCUAUUAGUAUGGGUAGCCCUGGGCUGGUAGGCUUGGCUCUUUCUUAUGCAGCCCCAGUUGUGGCUUUGUUAGGAAGUUUUUUAACAAGUUUCACUGAAACAGAGAAGGAAAUGGUAUCUGUUGAGAGAGUUCUUCAGUAUAUGGACAUCCCUCGAGAAGAACUAGAUGGAUGCCAACAAUUAGAACCAGAUUGGCCACUUCAAGGACAGAUUGAGUUUCAAAAUGUAACUCUGAGAUAUAUGCCAUCUUUGCCCGCUGCAUUGAAAGAUGUCAGUUUUGUCAUUGCUGGGGGCAUGCAGGUUGGAAUUGUUGGAAGAACUGGGGCAGGAAAAUCUAGUAUCUUGAAUGCCAUUUUCCGCCUGAACCCGAUAUGUCAAGGAUGUAUUUUGGUGGAUAGCAUAAACAUAGCUGAUGUUCCUGUAAGAUAUCUUCGCUCCCAUUUUGCUGUUGUUCCACAGAGUCCGUUCUUGUUUGAGGGAACCCUAAGGACUAAUCUAGAUCCAUUUCGGGCAAAUGAUGACUUCAAAAUUUGGAAGGUUCUAGAAAAAUGUCAUGUCAAGGAAGAAGUUGAAGCAUCCGGGGGACUAGACAUUCACGUAAAAGAAUCUGGAACAUCAUUUUCUGUUGGUCAACGACAGCUUCUUUGCCUUGCACGUGCACUUCUCAAGUCUUCUAAGGUACUUUGUCUGGAUGAAUGCACAGCCAAUGUAGACACUCAAACAGCUUCAAAACUACAGAACGCCAUAGCCAGUGAAUGCAGGGGCAUGACAGUGAUCACAAUUGCUCACCGCAUUUCCACAGUUUUGAACAUGGACAAUAUCCUGAUUCUUGAUCAAGGGAUCCUGAUCGAACAAGGAAACCCUCAGAUUCUUCUACAAGAUGAACAAUCCAGAUUUUCAAGUUUUGCAAAAGCCUCCACAAUGUGAAAAAUGCCGGGAUCGUGAGGUCUAUCACAAGUUGUGUUCUAUAGAAGACGUGUCUGUUGUAUCAUUCAGAAUUGCUGAGUCUCGGUUUCUAACUCGACUGCUCACCAACAUAUUGUAACUGAGAUACAGUGGCUGUAGUAUUUGGAUUUUUAGGGGCCGGAAUUUCGAGCUGUUCUGAUUCUGGCUGUGGACUUAUUGUACUGAUAUCAGGAUUUGUUGUUUGAUCAUUAGGUAAUUGUAUUUUGCUCUAAAUGACAUCUUUUAUCUGUAGCUUUUUGCCAUGAUUCUGUCUUUGGCAUCUGGGGAAAUUACGGGGUGGUUCUCAA